ACGGAGGGGCGGGGUCAGCGGAGGGGGCGGGGCUUUCCGAGGCCUGCCUUUCCCGGCUUCGGCCCGGCCUCUUUCCUCCUCCGCCGGUUCCCAGGCCCGGGAAGAAGAAGAAGAGGAGGAGAAGCCGAAGCCACCGCCGCCUCCGCCCGGGAUACUGGCAGGAUCUAGCAUUUGACUCACUGGGGGAUCACUGCACACCACCGCUGAACCUGGGAGCUUCCCAGGAUUGUCUUCUGCCAUGUUCCACUUGAUGAAGAAAGACAGAGAUGGGUCCCGUAAGGAGAAGAAGGAGAAGAAGGAGAAAAAGGAGCGGAUGUCAGCUGCCGAGCUGAAGAGCCUAGAGGAGAUGAGUCUGCGUCGGGGCUUUUUCCACCUCAACCGCUCCUCCAAGAGGGAUUCAAAGGGCCGGCUGGAGAUCUCCAACCCCAUCCCCAUCAAGGUGGCCAGUGGCUCAGACCUCCAUCUGACAGACAUUGACUCGGACAGCAACCGUGGGAGCGUGAUCCUGGACUCUGGGCAUCUCAGCACGGCCAGCUCCAGUGAUGAUCUCAAGGACCUCAGGGUGGAGGAUGGCAACUUCAAAGGCUCUGUGCUCCAGCGGGCAGCCAAGUUUGGCUCGCUGGCAAAGCAGAACUCCCAGAUGAUUGUCAAGAGGUUCUCCUUCUCACAGAAGAGCCGGGAUGAGAGCGCCUCAGAGACCUCUACCCCAUCAGAGCACUCAGCCGCUCCCUCCCCGCAAGUGGAAACCCGGACACUGGAGGUCCAGCUCGCCAGGCAGGGUGGGCCGCCUUUGCCCUCCGCCUCUCGAACCAGACUGCCUGAGGUCGUCGGCAAGAGGUUUCCAGCUGAUCUGAGACUCCCUCCAGUGGUGCCUCCACAGCCGCCAGUCCCUAGGCAGCUGGAGCUCCAGCGUCGCAACACGGGUGACUUUGGCUUCUCACUGCGCCGCACCACCAUGCUGGAUCGGGCCGCUGAUGGGCAGGUGUACAGGCGGGUGGUGCAUUUUGCCGAACCUGGGGCUGGGACCAAGGAUCUGGCUCUGGGCUUGGUGCCGGGCGAUCGUCUGGUGGAGAUCAACAGCCGCAAUGUGGAGAGCAAGUCACGAGAUGAGAUAGUGGAGAUGAUCCGGCAGUCAGGGGAGACGGUACGCUUGAAGGUGCAGCCCAUCUUGGAGCUGAGCGAACUGAGCCACUGCUGGCUGCGGAGCGGGGAGGGCCUGCACCACCAAGCAGCCUUUGAGCCGGAGCCUGCCACCCCCGCGGCUUCCCUGAGCCAGGUACUGUACCCCACCGCCCCGGACAUCCCUCCAUCUCCCGUCUGCCUCUGGGCCGGCGUUUGUGCUCGGGCCGCAUGCUGGAGUGCCAAGACGGAGGAACAAAUAGCCGCAGAAGAAGCCUGGUAUGAGACGGACAAAGUGUGGCUGGUCCACAAGGAGGGAUUCUCCUUAGCGAGCCAGCUGAAGACAGACACCGCUGCGGGCCUUCUUCCUGAGGGGAAGGUCAAAGUGAAACUCGAUUAUGAUAGCGCUGUGCUGGAGGUGGACGAAGAUGAUGUGGAGAAGGCCAAUCCUCCAUCCUGUGACCGGGCGGAGGACCUGGCCAGCCUGGUCUACCUCAACGAGUCCAGCGUCUUGCACACGCUCCGCCAGCGCUAUGGCGGGAACCUCAUCCACACUUACGCCGGCCCCAACAUGGUCGUCAUCAACCCCCUCAGCUCUCCAUCUAUGUACUCUGAGAAGGUGAUGCACAUGUUCAAGGGCUGCCGCAAGGAGGACACGUCCCCGCACAUCUAUGCCGUGGCCCAGGCCGCCUACCGGAACAUGCUCAUGAGCCGCCAAGACCAGUCUAUUGUCUUGCUGGGAAGCAGCAGCAGCGGGAAGACCAUCAACUGCCAGCACUUGGUGCAGUACUUGGCCACGGUGGCCGGCAGCUCUGGGAAGGUCUUCUCAGUGGAGAAAUGGCAGGCCCUCUACACCGUCUUGGAAGCCUUUGGCAACAGCGGCACCAGCUUGAAUGCCAAUGCCACCCGCUUCUCCCAGAUCAUCUCUCUGGACUUUGACCAGGCUGGACAGGUGGCCUCCGCCUCUGUGCAGACGAUGCUGCUGGAGAAGCUCAGGGUGGCCAAGCGCCCUGCGAACGAGGCCACCUUCAACGUCUUCUACUACCUCCUGGCCUGUGCGGACAGUGCCCUUCGGACGGAGCUCCAUUUGAACCACUUGGCUGAAAACAAUGUCUUUGGGAUUCUGCCUUUGUCAAAGCCGGAGGAGAAGCAGAAGGCGGGCCAGCAGUUCAGCAAGCUCCAGGCGGCCAUGAAAGUGAUGGGCAUCUCUGGCGAGGAGCAGAAGGCCUUCUGGCUCGUUUUGGGGGCCAUUUAUCACUUGGGGGCGGCCGGAGCCACCAAAGACGGCAACGAAGCCGGGAGGAAGCAAUUUGCACGCCACGAAUGGGCGCAGAAGGCGGCCUACCUGCUGGGCUGCACCUUGGAAGAGCUCUCCUCCGCCAUCUUCAAGCACCAGCCCAAAGGAACCCUUCAGAGGUCCACCUCCUUCCGCCAGGGACCCGACGACGCGGCAAUGGCGGAUGGCUCAGGUCCAAAGGCAUCGGCCUUGGAGUGCUUGGAGGCCCUAGCCUGUGGCUUGUACUCCGAACUCUUCACACUGCUCAUUUCCCUCCUGAACAGAGCCUUGAAAUCCAGCCAGCGCUCCUUGUGUUCCAUGAUGAUCGUGGACACCCCGGGCUUCCAGAACCCAGAGAUGGCUGGCCAGAGCCGCGGGGCCACCUUUGAGGAGCUGUGCCACAACUAUGCCCAGGAGCGGCUGCAGACUCUCUUCCACGAACGCACUUUUGUGCAGGAGCUGGAGCGCUACAAGGAGGAAAACAUAGACCUUUCCUUAGAUGCCUUAGAGCCCAGUACAUCUGGUUCUGUAGCCACAGUAGACCAAGCGUCACACCAGGCUCUGGUCCGUACUCUCGCUCGGACUGAUGAAGCCAGGGGCUUAUUAUGGCUCCUGGAAGAGGAAUCUCUUCAGCCUGGUGGCAACGAAGACACUCUUCUGGACCGACUGUUCACCUACUAUGGCCCUCAGGAUGGAGACAAAAAAGGCCACGAUCCGCUGCUCCGGAGCACCAAGCCCCGGCACUUCUUCCUGGGCCACAGCUACGGCACCAAUUGGGUGGAGUAUGACACCACGGGCUGGCUGAGCUACGUCCGGCAGAACCCAGCCUCCCAGAACGCCUCGGCCCUCCUGCAGGACUCCCAGAAGAAAAUCAUCAGCAAUCUCUUUGCGGGACGGGCGGGAAAUGCCAUGGUCUUGUCAGGCUCCAUUGCCGGCCUCGAGGGAGGCUCUCAGCUGGCUCUGCGCCGGGCUACCAGCAUGCGGAAGACCUUCACCACGGGGGUGGCAGCUGUGAAGAAGAAGUCCCUCUGCAUCCAGAUCAAGCUGCAAGUGGAUGCCCUGGUCGACACCUUGAAGAAGUCCAAGCUCCACUUCGUACACUGCUUCCUGCCCAAAGUGGAUGGCUGGAGUAGUGGUGAUGCUCGGGGCCCCGGAGCACGGCGGGUGAGCACCAGCGAGCUGGACCUUCAUGGCGAACACUGUGAGGCUGGCCUUAUGCAGCUGGAUGUCCCGCUCCUGAGGGCCCAGAUCAGAGGUUCCCGCCUCCUGGAUGCCCUCCGGAUGUACCGCCAAGGUUACCCCGACCACAUGGUCUUUGCCGAGUUUCGGCGGCGCUUCGAUGUCUUGGCCCCUCACCUCACCAAGAAGCACGGGCGCAACUACAUUGUCACGGACGAGAAGCGGGCCGUGGAGGAGCUCUUGGACUCCCUGGAGCUGGAGAAGAGCAGCUUCCACAUGGGCCUGAGCCGGGUGUUCUUUCGGGCGGGGACGCUGGCCAAGCUGGAGGAGCAGCGCGACAAACAGAUGAGCAGGAACAUCACUCUUUUCCAAGCUGCUUGCCGAGGCUUUUUGGCUCGCCAGCACUUUAAGAAGAGGAAGAUCCAAGACCUGGCCAUCCGCUGUGUGCAGAAAAACAUCAAGAAGAACAAAGGGGUGAAGGACUGGCCUUGGUGGAAGCUCUUCACCACCGUCAGGCCCCUCAUUGAAGUCCAGCUCACCGAGGACCAGAUCCGGGGCAAGGAUGAAGAGAUCCAGCAGCUGAAGAGCCGGCUGGAGAAGGUGGAGAAGGAGCGGAACGAACUGCGCUUGAACAGCGACCGCUUGGAGAGCAAGAUUUCGGAGCUGACCUCGGAACUGACUGAUGAGAGGAACACAGGCGAGUCGGCCUCCCAGCUCCUAGACUCCGAGACUGCAGAACGGCUGCGAACAGAGAAGGAGAUGAAAGACCUCCAGGCCAAAUAUGAUGCCCUCAAGAAGCAGAUGGACUCUAUGGAGAUGGAGGUGAUGGAGGCUCGGCUCAUUCGGGCGGCCGAGCUCAACGGCGAGAUGGACGACGACGACUCAGGUGGCGAAUGGCGGCUGAAAUAUGAGCGCGCCAUCCGCGAGAUCGACUUCACCAAGAAGCGCUUGCAGCAGGAGUUUGAGGACAAGCUGGAGGCAGAACAGCAGAGCAAGAGGCAGCUGGAGCGGCGGCUGACUGACUUGCAGGCGGAUGGCGAGGAGACCCAGCGCUCCCUCCAGACACUGAAGAAGAAGUGCCAGCGACUGACGGCGGAGCUGCAGGACACCAAGCUGCACCUGGAAGGGCAGCAAGGCCGGAACCAUGAGCUGGAGAAGAAGCAGCGCAGAUUUGAUAGCGAACUGUCCCAGGCUCAUGAGGAAGCCCAGCGGGAGAAACUGGGGCGAGAGAAGCUGGCCCGAGAGAAGGACAUGCUCAUCGCCGAGGCGUUUGGUCUCAAGCAGCAGAUCGAGGAGAAAGACUCCAGCCUGGCCACUUUGACCCAGAAAGUGGAGUCCCUGGAGGCCGAGCUGCAGGACCUCUCCUCCCAGGAGUCCAAGGACGAAGCCUCUCUGGCCAAAGUCCGGAAGCAGCUCCGGGACCUGGAAGCCAAGGCCAAAGACCAGGAGGAAGAGCUGGAUGAACAAGCGGGCACCAUCCAGAUGCUGGAACAGGCCAAACUUCGGCUGGAGAUGGAGAUGGAGCGCCUUCGGCAGACGCACUCCAAAGAGGUGGAGAGCCGCGACGAGGAGGUGGAGGAGAUCCGGCAGUCGUGCCAGAAGAAGUUGAAGCAGAUGGAGAUGCAGCUGGAGGAGGAAUAUGAGGAGAAACAGAAGGUGCUUCGGGAGAAGAGAGACUUGGAAGGCCGGCUGGCUGCCGUCAGCGACCAGGUCAACCAGAGGGACUUUGAGACGGAGAAGCGACUACGUAAAGACCUGAAGCGCACCAAGGCCCUCUUGGCCGAUGCACAUGUCAUGCUGGACCACCUGAAAAACAAUGCCCCCAGCAAGCGGGAGAUCGCCCAGCUCAAAAAUCAGCUGGAGGAGUCGGAGUUCACCAGCGCUGCCGCUGUCAAAGCACGCAAGUCCAUGGAAGUGGAGAUCGAAGACCUGCACCUCCAGAUCGAUGACCUCUCCAAGGCCAAGGGAGCGUUGGAAGAACAGUUGAGCCGUUUGCAGCGGGAAAAGAACGAAGUGCAGAGCCGUUUGGAGGAGGACCAAGAGGACAUGAAUGAGCUCAUGAAGAAGCACAAGGCGGCCGUGGCUCAGGCCUCUCGGGACCUGGCUCAGAUCAAUGACCUGCAGUCGCAGUUGGAAGACGGCAAUAAGGAGAAGCAGGAGUUACAGGAGAAGCUGCAAGCCCUCCAGAGCCAGCUGGACUUUGUGGAGCAGUCGAUGGUGGACAAGUCUUUGGUCAGCAGACAGGAGGCCAAGAUCCGUGAGCUGGAGACGCGGCUGGAGUUCGAGAGGACGCAAGUCAAGCGCCUUGAGAGCUUGGCCACUCGCUUGAAGGAGAACAUGGAGAAGCUGACGGAGGAGCGAGACCAGCGGACGGCAGCUGAGAACCGGGAGAAGGAGCAGAACAAACGGCUGCAGCGCCAGCUGAGAGACACCAAGGAGGAGAUGGCCGAGUUGGCCAAGAAGGAGGCCGAGGCCAGCCGGAAGAAGCACGAACUGGAGAUGGACUUGGAGAGCUUAGAAGCCGCCAACCAGAGCCUGCAGUCGGAUCUGAAGCUGGCCUUCAAGCGGAUCGGGGACCUGCAGGCCGCCAUUGAGGACGAGAUGGAGAGCGACGAGAACGAGGAUCUCAUCAACAGUUUGCAGGACAUGGUGGCAAAGUACCAGAGGCGCAAGAACAAGCUUGACGGCGACUCAGAUGGCGACUCGGAGCUGGAGGACCGUGUGGAUGGCGUGAAGUCCUGGCUGUGCAAGAACAAAGGCUCCUCCAAGACGGUCUCAGAGGACGGCAGCUUUAAGAGCAGCAGGUCCGGCCUGAACUCAGUGGGCAAAGAGGCCAAGGAGGUGGAGGAAAGCAGGCCCGCCUCAGUCAUGAGUUCUCUGAGUUACCGGAAGCGGGGCAACCUCAAGGACUCCAUUGGGGGCAAAGGGGACGAGGAGACCCUCUUCUCCACGCUCAGCGAGCGCCCGCCUUCCCCUGACCGCUCCUUCCGCAAGGCCAAGCACAACUCCGUUUCCAGCGGUUUGGACGAUGGUGCCUCCAUCGCUUCUUGGAAGAAGACCGGAGACGAUCUGGACGGGAGGAGCUCGGUCCUUUCCCAGUCCUUCUCCGAGACCGGCAGCCACCUUCGUGGCCUGGAGAAGCGCUGGUCUAUCUCAGCGUCCGAAUUCGACAAGGCCUCUGUCCUGUCCGGUCACGGCGGGGCCUCCUGGUGCGGUGGAUUGGAUGCCCGCGAAGACGACACCCGGUCGUCCCUCAGCUUGGCACUCUCCAGCCCCGGCAGCCUGCGGCGCAGCACAUCCCGCCUGGAUGACCUCAGUCCUUCCUAUGGACGCCCGAGUUCCCGUCUUUCCUUGAGCCGUUCCCAGCUGGACGACGACGCAGCCAGCGUGGCCCUGAGCGAGUCCCGGUCCCUCUACAGCCAGCACUCGCUCUCCCGCAGCCUUUCUGUCCCGCCGAGGCCUCGGACCGCAGCUUCGGAGGAGUCACGGGUUGAGGAUCCCGACAUCCGCCCGGUUGGCCACCGCAGCUACCUCGACCCGGAUCUGGAGGCUGCCAUCCACGAGGUGUUGAACUACCAGCCAGUCAAGUUCAAGCGCUCCAGCCUGGACCCUGAUUCAGACGAUGAUCGGAGGAGCGUCCGGAGCUCCAAAAGCGCUUUGCUUGAGACAACUGAACAUCCAGCCAGCAGCAUACGCCGCUCGGCUUCGGCCCUUGAUUUUUCUCGUCCUCACAGCUCAAAGGGCAAAAGGAGGAGUAACAGCAGUGACUCUUCCUCUUCCUCCUCUUCGUCUUCACCUGAAAGGUCAAGGAAGAGCUCCCGGAAGCACUCCAAGAAGUCCAAGAAGAAGUCCAAGAAAAAGAAGCAGCAAGAGUCAGGGUCUUCUUCCGAGUCGUCUUCAGGCUCCACCGUCUCGUACCGCAGCAACUCCAGCAUCAAGAAAGGCCCCAAGAAGGCCUUGGAAGAGGAGGAGGGCCCGGAAGCCGGGAAGUCCAGCAAGCAGCUGAAGAAGGAGGAGAAGCAGCGCAAGAAGCAGGUGGACAGCCUCAUGAUGAAGUACCUGUACCGGCCGGAGAGCGACUAAGCCCUCCGUCUUAUCGGAAAUCCUUUCCCUACGACAGAUCCGACGAGGAGCGGGACAUCUUCGACGGCAGCGCUCCCUGGCCCAAGUAUUCCUCCCGGAGUUACUUGAGUGACAGCGAUUCGGAGAGCAGGCCACCGGGG